UUCCCGGAGUGUGGAUUCUUUGGCAUGUACGACAAGAUCCUUCUGUUCCGUCAUGACCUGACCUCGGAGAACAUCUUGCAGAGGCUGACGUCAGUGGAGGACAUCCAUGAGGGAGACCUGAUCGAGGUGGUCCUCUCAGGUGAGACCUGGGAAAGAGUUUUAGAUCCUCCUUGUCACAAGCGAUGAAGUUGAUAUCAAGAGAGGAAGUUGAUAUCAAUCAAUCAAUCAAUCAAAUCUUAUUUAUAAAGCCCUGUUUACAUCAGCAGAUGUCACAAAGGGCUAUACAGAAACCCAGCCUAAAACCCCAAACAGCAAGCAAUGCAGAUGUAGAAGCACGGUGGCUAGGAAAAACUCCCUAGAAAGGCAGAAACCUAAGAAGAAACCUAGAGAGGAACCAGGCUCUGAGGGGUGGCCAGUCCCCUUCUGGCUGUGCCGGGUGGAGAUUAUAACAGUAUAUGGCCAUUAAGGCCAGAUUUUUCUCCAAGAUGUUCAAACGCUCAUAGAUGACCAGCAGGGUCAAAUAAUAAUCACAGUGGUUGUAGAGGUUGCAACAGUUCAGUACAUUAGGAGUAAAUGUCACUUGGCUUUUCAUAGCCAGGCAUUUAGAGGUUGAAAUAGCAGGUGCGGUAGAGAGAGAGAGUUGAAAACAGCAGGUCUGGGACAAGGUAGCACGUCCGGUGAACAGGUAAGGGUUCCAUAGCCGCAGGCAGAAGAGUGGAAACUGGAGCAGCAGCACGACCAGGUGGACUGGGGACAGCAAGGAGUCAUCAGGCCAGGUAGUCCUGAGGCAUGGUCCUAGGGCUCAGGUCCUCUGGGAUGGGAUGGAGAGAGGGAGAGAGAGAGAAUUAGAGGGAGCAUACUUAAAUUCACACAGGACACCAGAUAAGACAGGAGAAUAACACCAGAUAUAACAGACUGACCCUAGCCCCCCGGCACAUAGACUAUUGCAGCAUAGAUACUGGAGGCUGAGACAGGGGGGGUCAGGAGACACUGAGGCCCGUCCGACGAUACCCCCAGACAGGGCCAACCAGGCAGGAUAUAACCCCACCCACUUUGCCAAAGCACAGACCCCACACUACCAGAGGGAUAUCAACUGACCACCAACCUACUACCCUGAGACAAGGCUGAGUAUCACGUCAGUGACUCAACCCACUCAAGUGAUGCACCCCUCCUAGGGGCGGCAUGGAAAGCACCAUUAAGCCAGUGACUCAGCCCCCGUAAUAGAGUCAGAGGCAGAGAAUCCCAAUGGAGAGACAGGAACCGGCCAGGCAGAGACAGCAAGGGCGGUUUGUCGCUCCAGUGCCUUUCCGUUCACCUUCGCACCCCUGGGCCAGUCUACACUCAAUCAUAGGACCUACUGAAGAGAUGAGUCUUCAGUAAAGAAGUCUGCGUCUCUCACAUGGAUAGGCAGACCAUUCCAUAAAAAUUUAGCUCUAUAGGAGAAAGCCCUGCCUCCAGCUGUUUGCUUAGAAAUUCUAGGGACAAUAAGGAGGCCUGCGUCUUGUGACCGUAGCAUACAUGUAGGUAUGUACGGCAGGACCAAAUCCGGGUAGCCGGAGAGUAGAGCAUUGCAGUAGUCUAAUCUAGAAGUGACAAAAGCAUGGAUUAGCUUUUCUGCAUCAUUUUCGGACAAAAUGUUUCAGAUUUUUGGUGGAAAAAAGCUGUCCUUGAAAUAUUCUUGAUAUGUUCGUCAAAAGAGAGAUCAGGGUCUAGAGUAACGCCGAGGUCCUUCACAGUUUUUUUUGAGACGACUGUACAACCAUCAAUAUUAAUUGUCUGAUCCAACAGAAGAUCUUUUUGUUUCUUGGGACCUAGAACUAACAUCUCUGUUUUGUCCGGGGGGCCAGUAUGAAAAAUGUAUGCACUCACUAACUGUAAGUUGCUCUGCAUAAGAGCGUCUGCUAAAUGACUAAAAUGUAAAUGUAAAUGUCCGAGUUUAAAAGUAAAAAAUGUGCCGCCAUCCACUUCCUUAUGUCUGAAACACAUGCUUCCAGGGUAGGCAAUUUUGGGGCUUCACCAUGUUUCAUCGAAAUGUAGAGCUGUGUGUCGUCCGCAUAGCAAUGAAAGUUAACAUUGUGUUUCCGAAUGACAUCACCAAGAGGUAAAAUAUAUAGUGAAAACAACAGUGGUCCUAAAACGGAACCUUGAGGAACACCGAAACGUACAAUUGAUUUGUCAGAGGACAAACCAUCCAUAGAGACGAACUGAUAUCUUUCCGACAGAUAAGAUCUAAACCAGGCAAGAGCUUGUCCAUGUAGACCAAUUAAGGUUUCCAAUCUCUCCAAAAGAAUGUCGUGAUCGAUGGUGUCAAAAGCAGCACUAAGGUCUAGGAGCACGUGGACAGAUGCAGAGCCUUGGUCUGACGCCAUUAAAAGGUAAUUUACCACCUUCACAAGUGCGGUCUCAGUGCUAUGAUGGGGUCUAAAACCAGACUGAAGCGUUUCGUGUACAUUUUUUGUCUUCAGGAAGGCAGUGAGUUGCUGCACAACAGCUUUUUCUAAACAUUUUUGAGAGGAAUGGGAGAUUCGAUAUAGGCUGAUAGUUAUUUACAUUUUCUGGGUCAAGGUUUGGCUUUUUCAAGAGAGGCUUUAUUACUACCACUUUUAGUGAUUUUGGUACACAUCCAGUGGAUAGGGAGCAUUUAUUAUUUUCAACAUAGGAGGGCCAAGCACAGGAAGUAGCUCUUUCAGUAGUUUAGUUGGAAUAGGGUCCAGUAUGCAGUUUGAAGGUUUAGAGGCCAUGACUAUUUUAAUGAAUGUGUCAAGAGAUAUAGGAUUAAAAAACUUGAGUGUCUCCAUUGAUCCUUGGUCCUGGCAGUUUUGUGCAGACUCAGGACAGCUGAGCUUUGGAGAAAUACGCAGAUUCAAAGAGGAGUCCGUAAUUUGCUUUCUAAUCAUCAUGAUCUUUUCGUCGAAGAAGUUCCUGAAUUCAUCACUGCUGAAGUGAAAGGCAUCCUCUCUUGGGGAAUGCUGCUUUUUAGUUACCUUUGCGACAGUAUCAAAUAUAAAUUUUGGAUUGUUCUUAUUCUCCUCAAUUAGGUUGGAAAAACAGGAUGAUCGAGCAGCAGGGAACACAGUGAGGAACUCUGUAUACGGCCCAGGAGGCCUGUAAACAGUAGCUAUAAAAAGUGAUUGAGUAGGCUGUAUAGAUUUCAUGACUAUAAGCUCAAAAGACGACAACGCAGUCAUUUUGGGGGGGGGGGGGGGGGGGGUAUAAUUCACAUUUUAUAAUUGACAUUUGCUAUUGUAAAUGUUAGUAACACCUCCACCUUUGCGGGAUGCGCGGGGGAUAUGGUCACUAGUGUAACCAGGAGGAGAGGCCUCAUUUAACACAGUAAAGGCUUAAGCCAUGUUUCAGUCAGGCCAAUCACAUCAAGAUUAUGAUCAGUGAUUAGUUUAUUGACUAUGACUGCCUUGAAAGUGAGGGAUCUAACAUUAAAUAGCCCUAUUUUGAGAUGUGAGAUAUCACAAUCUCUUUCAAUAAUGACAGGAAUGGAGUAGGUCUUUAUUCCAGUGAGAUUGCUAAGGCAAACACCAACAUGUUUAGUUUUGCUCAACCUAGAUCGAGGCACAGACACGGUCUCAAUGGGGAUAGCUGAGCUGACUACACUGACUGUGCUAGUGGCAGACUCCACUAAGCUGGCAGGCUGGCUAACAGCCUGCUGCCUGGUCUGCACCCUAUCUCAUUGUGGAGCUAGAGGAGUUAGAGCCCUGUCUAUGUUGAUAGAUAAGAUGAGAGCAGCCCUCCAGCUAGGAUGGAGUCCGUCACUCCUCAGCAGGCCAGGCUUGGUCCUGUUUGUGGGUGAGUCCCAGAAAGAGGGACAAUUAUCUACAAAUUCUAUAUUUUGGGAGGGGCAGAAAACAGUUUUCAACCAGCGAUUGAGUUGUGAGACUCUGCUGUAGAGCUCAUCACUCCCACUAACUCAUCACUCUGCUGUAGAGCUCAUCACUCGAUGCCGAAACAUCUUUCUAGCUAAUUUACACGCUGAAGCUAUGUUUCUCUUGGUGACCUCUGACUGUUUCAUCCUAACAUCGUUGGUGCCGACGUGGAUAACAAUAUCCAUAUACUCUCUACACUCGCCAGUUUUUGCCUUAGCCAGCACCAUCUUCAGAUUAGGCUUUACGUCGGUAGCCCUGCCCCCUGGUAAACAGUGUAUGAUCGCUGAAUGAUUAUUUUUAAUUCUAAUAUUGCGGGUAAUGGAGUCGCCAAUGACUAGGGUUUUCAAUUUGUCCGAGCUAAUGGUGGGAGGCUUCGGUGGCUCAGACCCCGUAAUGGGUGGAGGAGAGACCUGAGAAGGCUCGGCCUCUGACUCCGAUUCGUUGUUUAAUGGGGAGAACAAGUUGAAAGUUUCUGUCGGCUGAAUGAGCGACACCGGUUGAGCAUGCCAACAGCAUUUCUUUCCAGAAGCCUUGAGAAAAUUGUCCGGCUGCGGGGACUGUGCGAGGGGAUUUAUACUACUAUCUGUACUUACUGGUGGCACAGACGCUGUUUCAUCCUUUCCUACACUUAAAUUGCCCUUGCCUAACGAUUGCGUCUGAAGCUGUGCUUGCAGCACGGCUAUCCUCACCAUAAGGCGAUAGUUCUCCUGUAUAUUAUGAGUACAGCGACUGCAAUUAGAUGGCAUAGUGUUAAUGUUACUACUGAGCUUCGGCUGGUGGAGGUCCUGUAGAACCAUGUCCAGAUAAAGCGUCCGGGGUGAAAAAGUUGAACCCUGUAACCCAUUCACAUCCAUUUUCUCUCCUUGUGUAUCCCUAGAUCUCUCCUGUGUUGCUACUAUGUAUGCCCUAUGUCACAUCAUGUAUCCCCCAAUGUAUUCUCAGCCCCGACCUAAGAUGCACCCGCAACAUUUUUGGUGGACAUAGUCAUUUCCUCUGACAGUGUCUUGUGGUCUGUUGUUGACAGUCCUAAGUGUGAAACUCAACCAUCACCUGAACAGCGGCACACCCCAGAGUAGUAUUCAUGUUGAAUUUCAACACAUGAGACGAAACGUGUGAAUUCGCAGCCAACCACACAAGACUCAACCCCAUACCACUUCCUCAUCCUCUGCCUGUUUUUGGUGCAGCAGGGCCCCACAGUCAGUCAAAGUGCAGUAGUGUUGAUGACAUUGAUGCUAAGCUGCUUGAGUCUUACUGCUCUUUCAGUCGCUUCAUAGACAUCGCCUGCUACUCUGUGCCCCGAAUAGAAGACAAAACAUGUUUUCAGCUCUCUGGUUUUGCACAGCCAGACAGGCCUGCUGAGUUCCUCUCUGGCAGCUCAUUUCAGCUCGGUUCAGAUCACUCUCAACUUCCUUUGACACCUCUCCUUUUGUUUCGUGGCUUGUUGGGCUCUGGUCCCAAACUCCACACAGCUCUGCUCUGCUAGGUCUGAGCAGGUUCUCUCUCAGAGGGAGGCCGUGGCAGAUUUCUCUUGGCUCCCAGCUCAAAGUCAUGCGCUUGUUAUUUCUGCACUUGCUGUUUCUCCGUGAUUGAUGAGGACGUCGUUUGUGAGCUGGUGAAUGCUGCUCAUGCCCUUUACACACCUGUCCCCACCUAGUCAUUGUUAGAUUAAGGUCAUGUUUAGUCUCAUUCAUAUAUUUUAGGUACCUGUGUGACAUCUACAAAACCUUGUUCAAUAGCAGAGCUGUGUGUUUCUCUCUGGGUGCAGAAUGCUCUCCUCUAAAGUAAUAAUUGCCCUUUCGGAACGCUGUCUGGAUUGUUGUGUACCCACUGGGAAUGUGUUUGCUAUGGCGCUGUUUUUCAUUACAACCACUUGGUUCGAAGGUGGCCUUCGUGUUCGCCUAUUGAUAAAAAGAGAGAGAGGGGCUUAUGAGAAGUAAUUUCAUUUUCUUGGAAAGUGGACAUGAAAUGAAUGGUCGGACCGAGCAAAGAGCAAAGGUGGCAAGACUUCAAGCACAUUUUUGCCCUCAGAGAAAUGGCCAUCAGGGAAAGAACAGGCACAUCACUCAGAAGUGCUUAAUGUAACUACAUUAAUGCCCCCAAUUAACUAUGUCCAAGUCCCAAAUGGCACCCUAUAGUCAACUAUGGUCAAAAGUGGUUCAGUGUAUAGUUAAUAGGGGAUACAGCCUAUGUCACAUUAAUCAAGUUGGGGGACACAAUGACAUUCAUGUGUCUGACCUAGCAUUUACAGUAAUGUCAAACACAAAGACAACCAGGUACAUUGUUCAAGUCAAAACGUUGGCCGUAGUAGAUUACUUGCUAGGUACCAACGAACGGUGGGGAUUCAAUAUGUAGCUAGAAUCGUUAGGAAAGCAACAGAUAAUGACAAGAGAUGUUCUGUGGUCAGAGGCAAUAGGAUGGACACCCUCUGCUUUUAACUGUUCGUUACCACGGCCUGUUUUGUCCUUGACAUCCAUCUGAAAGGCAUUAAAAGCACUCUGAAUCAGAAUGACAGUAGAAAAACUUGAAAGACAAAUUAAGCAUUUCUCAGAAAAAGUAUGACGUGAGCAGUGCUUUUAAGUGGGUUUGAUGGAAGUCUUGUAGGAUUGGUGUGAUUUGUACUGUCUUUCUGCUAAAUCAUUGCCCCAUAAUGGUGCUAAUGGUUUGAUCGUGACUCAUCUCAUAUCUAAAUGUACUUCCUCUGUUAUUCAUAUAAAUGCAUGUCUCACUUCUUUGUUAAUGUGUUUUUCCUGCAGUACGGUAAUCCAGUGUGUAUGUGUGUGUGUGUGUGUCUCAGCUCUGGCCACUGUUGAGGACUUCCAGAUCCGUCCCCAUGCCUUGUAUGUGCACUCCUACAAGGCCCCGGCCUUCUGUGAUGAUUGUGGGGAGAUGCUGUGGGGCCUGGUCCGACAGGGCCUCAAAUGUGAAGGUAAGUCUGGACCCUGCCCCAUUGCCGCCCUAGCCCAGCUGCUUUGAUCCCUGUCACUUCACUCUUGACCUGGGCUUCACCUCAAAUCAAGGCCCUGGCUCACAUAGGCCCGAAUCAAAGCCUGGGGAACUGUACAGCAGGAUGUGGCUUCCUGUUUUUUCAGAGAGGACAGCUUUGAAGUCCUGAUCAGAAGAGCGUUUGAGUGGAUCUCAUUGUAGUGAUGCCAAGGAGUGGAUGGGCUCUUAUAAUGCUUUGUGGAGCAGAUGAUUGUCAGAUGAGAGAGUUUAUGUAACCUGAUGGAAGAGUAAAACAACACUGAACGUUCACCUGGAUGCUCAAUACAGGACUGCUCUGUACAUGACCUAACUCUGUGUCCAGAGAGAGAAAGAGAAAGAGAGAGAUAGAGAGAGUGAGAGCCAGAGUGAGAGUCAGAGUGAGAGUGUGAGCGUGAGAGUAAGACAGGCUGGCUGGCAGAAAGGUAGACAGACAUGUAGGUAUGGUUACUAAGUACUGUGCCACCUCCUCCAUAGGAUGUGGGCUGAACUACCACAAGCGCUGUGCCUUUAAGAUCCCUAACAACUGCAGCGGGGUGAGGAAGAGACGGCUGUCCAACGUGUCCCUGCCUGGAGCCGUGCUGUCAGUCCCCCGCCCAGCUCCCAUUGAACAUGUCCCUACACCCCAGGAAGAGGUAAAUGGCUUCCUAUUCCCUUUAUAGUGCACUACUUUUGACCAGGGGCCAUAGGGCUUUGUUCAAAAUAAGUGCACUAUAUAGGGAAUAGGGUGCUUUUUGGGACACUAUAUCUGUGCUGCUGCUGCUGUUGCUCCACUUUCCAUUACUGCUGGUUGUAGCACUAUGUACAGCUUCCGACUCUUCAAGACACACACACAAGCAUGCAUGCAUUGACACACACACACACACUUUCUCUAUACAGACAGUCACACAAGUUAAACUCAGUCAGGGGCAAUAGCUUCAGACAAACCAACCGUUUUUCCAUUCAGGCUGGCCAAUUAAUAGUUGGGAGCCUGAAGAGAGUGUUUAUGUCAAAACUCUGUGUAUACAUACCAAAACCCAGGGUCUAAUUUACUGAAGAAACAAGGCCCUUCAUAUGAAUCACUUUCAUAAAGCCAUUUCAAUCCCUAAUAUUAGUCUAAUGUGCACGUUUGUUCUGGUCAGUUAAGUUGAUAGUCAUGUUUAAUAUUACCACCAGUCCGGGAUUCAAUCCAAGGCGUAUUAUAGUGCAAGUCACUAUAUAGCCGACAAUGCCCUGCACAAUAACGAGCCUUGGAUGGAAUCCUGGCCACAGUCUAAUAAGAGGCACAAAGCAGACAGCGUUAUUGACACUGCUGCCUCCCAGCCAAGGCAGAUGAAACAAAUCCUUCUCAUAAGCUCUGUUCACUGUUGCCCAAUGAAAUAUUGUCCUUUAUGUCCAUAUCUGAAGGUCAUUCACAAUUAAGUUUCACACGGCUACUUAUCUCCCGGUUGUGUGUCCAGUACCUUUCUAAAGGAGUCGUGACUUAAAAUUCUGUACAAUAAAAUCCGUGCUAUGAGAUGUUAUUCAGAACUUGACAGUUUAGAUGAUACAACAUAGGCUACAGUACAGUAAUGUCCGGUAUGAUUUUCCUAUUUUUUACAGUUUCUAUCUUUCUUUUUCUUGUGCUGUUAUCCUUUUCCUUCCUUUUACGCCAUUGUGCUAUCUCCCCCUACACUCUCUCUUCCUCUCUAUUGUCCUCAUGCUCUCUCUCGCUCUCGCUCCCUCAGCAGCGCCCUCUCCUGGGGGCAGGGAAGAAUAACAGCCUGUUAAGCGGCAGACCUAUCUGGAUGGAGAAGAUGGUGCUGGGACGGGUCAAGGUGCCGCACACCUUCUCAGUGCACACCUACACCAGACCAACCAUCUGCCAGUACUGCAAACGCCUGCUCAAGGGCCUGUUCCGUCAGGGCAUGCAGUGCAAAGGUGAGCUGCUCCAAAUACUGGCAUAUUGUGUCGAUGGAAUAAGUGCCAUACUAUUUCCAGUAGCUUGAAGAGUUUUUUGAUACAUUCUGAACAGAAUAAUUCACCACAAAUUAAGAUAAUGUACAUCAAUAUGCCAUCAUCAUACAGCUGGUUGAGUUCCCAAUGAUUGGACGUGACAUUGAAUGUUGAAUCUUUGUGUUUUCAGAUUGUAAAUUUAACUGCCAUAAGAGAUGUGCAGCCAAGAUACCAAGAGACUGCCUUGGUGAGGUUUCCUUUAAUGGAGGUAAGUUUGUCUCAAGUAGAAUCUCUACCUAAAAUUGCCUCUGUAACUUGUCCCAUCUAUUUACUUAACAGCAUUUCUGCCCCCAGUGCAUUGACUGCAUUGACUCCCCAUGUAGUAAGCAAAUAGCCUAGUCCCAUACGGUAUGUACUGUAGCCAACUCUUCUAUCACAAGUACAGUAUGUGUCUACAGCGCAUACAGGAAGGGCCAGGCUAGUAAGCAGUACAUGUCUUUAUCACACUGAGGACCACAUUGGAAAUAAGUACAUUUAACGCUUGAAUGUGUCAUCCUUGGGUAUUUUUUGUACUUUUAAAUUGUUUCAAAUCAAUCAAUCAAUAUCACCCCCCUCUUCCUGUGUUUCCUGUCCCAGAACCAGCCAGCCCAGGCCCUGACUCUGAGGCCACCAUGGAGGUGGACAACAGUUAUGUGAACAGUGAGGGCAGCCAGAGCAUGGAUGACCCAGAGGAGCCUUCCACCCCAGACGAUAAGUUCUACAUAGAGGGGCCCUGUCUGGAUGGGGACAAGGACGAGGAGACAGUCAAGGCUAUCAGGUACUUACUUAGUCCCCUUUGUCCCAGGUGGGAAAUAAUGCCUUCUUCUGCCGCUGGAGUGUGUCUUUGGCCACAGAUUGUGCCCUGUCCCAUGAGAGACCCAUCUCUUCUAGCACAGCCACCACAGGCUAUCACUGGACUGGAAUAGAAGGAAUAGGAUUCAAUUCAUUGAAUACCUAUCAUGUGUGCAGAUGCGUUCAAUUGUGGAGUUCCUUUUAUGUGUGUUCUGUCGUGUUUUGUGUAUGAAAAUGAUUGUGAGUUUGUUGAAACAAUCACAUGAGCUUUAUAAAUGUAUGUCAGUGCUUUGGCAAUUGACAUUAGGCGUACAUUCGUUCAUACGUGCUCUUGCCAUUUUGUGUAGCCCCAUGACAAGCAGUUUCAUCCCCCUAAUGCGGGUGGUUCAGUCCAUAAAACAAACCAAGCGGAAGAGCUCAACCAUGGUUCGGGAGGGGUGGAUGGUCCACUACACCAGCAGAGACAACAUGGUGAGAAACCUCGUUAUAACCCUGGAUCAUGUUAUAGGGUGUAUCCCAAAUGGCACCCUGUUCCCUUUAUAGUGCACUGCUUUUAAGUAGAGGCCGAUAGGUGCUGGUCAAAAGUAGUGCACUACAUAGGGAAUAGGGUGCUAUUUGAGGGUGCUAUUUGGGACGCACAUAUAGUCUUUCAUCAAUAGUCUGUAUAGAGAUGGAAUUGGUUUCAGAGUUCUUGAUGAUUGCUUUUAUCCGUUUCCAGAGGAAGAGGCAUUACUGGAGGCUGGAUAGCAAGUGUCUGACCCUUCUGCAGAACGAAACGGGAUCCAAGUAUUACAAGGUACUGCAUCUCUCAUUAUACCUCCCUGUCCAAUUAUAGCAGUUACACAGACAAAAUAAGACAUUACUCAAAUAAAAAGACAGUUGACAGUGUAGCGUGAGGCUCUGAGACAAGCUAGAAAGGAGUAAGAAAAGUCCUGUCAUACCAGCAAUUGUUUUCUAUUUAUGUAGUGAACAUUUUAGUAAUGUUUUGUGGUGUUAUUUGAAGACAGUAAGGUGUUGUCCUCCUCCUCCCACAGACAGACAGGCAAGGCUAUAGUUGUUCCUCUCUGUUCUCUCCUCCCUCUAUGUUCUUUUUGCAUGUGACCAAACAAGCCUCUCAGAAUAUCACUAAUCGUUUGAAGAUCUCGGAGGGAGACAGAGAGAGAGAGAGAGCAAGAGGUAGAGAUGGGAGAGAGAGAGAGAAGAGAGGAGAGAUGAGAGAGAGAGAGAGAGAGAGAGAUAGAGAAGUAGAAGAGAGAGAGAGAGAGAGUAGAUAGAGAUAGAGAGCAGAGUAGAGAGGCCUUGAUUGCAGAGAGCGUAGAUAUCAUCUGAGUAGAGAUUUCCUCGAGAGAUUCACUCAGACUCUCGAUAUCUCGCUCUUGUAUCUAGUUGUUAUGUACUUGAGAGCCGCGUAGCAUACGAAGAUAUCGAGAUUCAUAUAAGAGAGAGAGAGACACGUUUAAUAGAGAAGCUGGGAGUAGGAGAGAAGAGAGUGCGAGAGGAGGGAUGAGCGAUCUAUACUCGCAUUCGAAGAGAGGAGAACGAGAGGAGUAGAGAGAUAUGUAUAGCGAAGUAGUACUUGCCAGAGAGAAUAUAAUAGAUGAGAUUGGUUGAAGAGAUGUAAAAAGAAGGGAAGAGAGAAAGAGGUGGAGUAGAGAGAGCCCUGUGGCUAAGCUUGCUCCUCUUGUGGCAGACGGAUAGUCAGUACCAGGACCAGGGGGCUUCCCUGUGGUGUCUCUGGCCAUGCCUCCCUCCCUGCCUGGCAGGCUGCCAGCAUGCCUUGUGCCAAGAUUGGGGAGGCACGUCCUGCCUUUUAAUCAGGGGAGCGCUUCGCUUCCCCCCGGCCCGGCGGAGCGCCCUGUCAUGUGGUGCACUCGGCAAACCACAAGCAGUUCUUCUGAUACUGGCGACAGAGGCGUGGAGGGGCCCGUGCGGGCGCAGCAGACUGGGCUGACUGAGAGACGAUUGGCUAGCCAGCAGCAGAGAAGCUUCACUCCUCUCUUUCAGAUGUUUUUUCUCCUUGUGGGUGUGUUGUCCUGCUCGGCUACAGCAGAGGAAGGAAGGCGGAAUGUUAAAUUGGACUUGAAAAGCCCAACACACUUCAUUCCUUAAAGGCUGUCAGAGAGUGAGGAGAAGAGAGGAGAGGCCAUAGCAGAGAAAAGGAGAGAGGGGGAGCUGAUAAAGGUGGGACAGUUAGGAGUUAGGACCCUAUUCCGUAGGUGUACUAGUUCCUGGAAACCUCAGCCUCACGGGUCAUUUGAUUAGCUGACAAUUCAUUGUGACCUUUGAUGACCUUUGAGCUGCUCAUCUGACCCCAUCCUCAGGAGAUCCCGCUGUCAGAGAUCCUACAGGUGGAGCAGGCGCAGGAAUUCCAAAGCCUGGCCCAGGGCAGCAACCCUCACUGCUUCGAGAUCAUCACCGCCACGAUGGUCUACUACGUUGGGGAGAAUAACAGCGGUCACUUCCAUAACCCUGCCUUGGCCGCCACCGGCGUGGGGCUAGAGGUGGCCCAGGGCUGGGAGAAGGCCAUCCGGCAGGCACUGAUGCCUGUCACUCCCCAACCCAGUGUCUGCACUGGCCCUGGACAAGGCAAGGAUCACAGUGAGUAGAGUGGUAACCCUUCUGCUAAUGUGAUUGAGAUCUGCUGAGGAGAUUAGUCAAAUUUAAUGUCACGCAAUGGUAAUGUUUUUAUGGGAGUGUGUGUGUGUGUGUGUGUGUGUGUGUGUGUGUGUGUGUGUGUGUGUGUGUGUGUGUGUGUAGAGCUUCAGUAUAUUUGGGCUUUUUUGGAAAACACAGAGGUACUCCACUGUGACCUCCCGCUGCCUGCUCAAAGUCUAUUACUGGAAAAUGAAGUGGUGGUAUUUUAAGACGAUUUAAGGGAUUUGAGGGGAUUUUCUAGCCUUUUUGGAUUUAUCUCUGGCUGUGAUAAGUGAUAUGAAAAUUCCUCCCAUUAAUGAAUUAAUAGAGAGUGACAACAUACACUGAACAAAAAUAUAAACUGAGUUACAGUUCAUAUAAGGAAAUCAGUCAAUUGAAAUAAAUUCAUUAGGCCCUAAUCUAUGGAUUUCACAUGACUGGGAAUACAGAUAUGCAUCUGUUGGUCACAGAUACCUUAAAAAAAGGUAGGGGCGUGGAUCAGAAAACCAGUCAAUAUCUGGCGUGACCACUAUUUGUCUCAUGCAGCGCGACACAUCUCCUUUGCAUAGAGUUGAUCAGGCUGUUGAUUGAGGCCUGUGGAAUGUUGUCCCACUCCUCUUCAAUGGCUGUGCGAAGUUGCUGGAUAUUGGCGGGAACUGGAACACGCUGUCGUACACGUCGAUCCAGAGCAUCCCAAACAGGCUGAAUGGGUGACAUGUCUUGUGAGUAUGCAGGCCAUGGAAGAACUGGGACAUUUUCAGCUUCCAGGAAUUGUGUACAGAUCCUGAAACAUGAGGUGAUGGCGGCAGAUAAAUGGCACGACAAUGGGCCUCAGGAUCUCGGUGCAUUCAAAUUGCCAUCGAUUAAAUGCAAUUGUAUUUGUUGUCCGUAACUUAUACCUGCCCAUAUCCCAACCCCACCUUGGGGCACUCUGUUCACAACAUUGACAUCAGCAAACUGCUCGCCCACACGACGCCAUACACACUGUCUGCCAUCUGCCCAGUACAGUUGAAACCGGGAUUCAUCUGUGAAGAGCACAUUUCUCCUGUGUGCCAGUGGCCAUCGAAGCUGAGCAUUUGCCCAUUGACGUCAGUUACGACACUGAACUGCAGUCAGGUCAAGACCCUGGUGAGGACGACGAGCACACAGAUGAGCUUCCCUGAGACGGUUUCUGACAGUUUGUGCAGAAAUUAUUUGGUUGUGCAAACCCACAGUUUCAUCACCUGUCUGGAUGGCUGGUCUCAGACGAUCCUGCAGGUGAAGAAGCUGGAUGUGGUUAAACGUGGUCUGCGGUUGUGAGGCCGGUUGGACGUACUGCUAAAUUCUCUAAAACGACAUUGGAGGCGGCUUAUGGUAGACAUAUGAACAUUACAUUCUCUGGCAACAGUUCUGGUGGACAUUCCUGCAGUCAGCAUGCCAAUUACACGCUCCCUCAAAACUUGAGACAUCUGUGGCAUUGUGUUGUGUGACAAAACUGCACAUUUUAGAGUGGCAUUUUAUUGUCCUCAGCACAAGGUGCACCUGUGUAAUGAUCAUGCUGUUUAAUCAGCUUCUUGACAAGCCACACCUGUCAGGUGGAUUGAUUAUCUUGGCAGAGGAGAAAUGCUCACUAACAGGGAUGUAAACUAAUUUGUGCACAACAUUUGAGAGAAAUAAGCUUUUUGUGCGUAUGGAAAAUUUCUGGAAUCUUUUAUUUCAGCUCAUGAAACAUGGGACCAACACUUUACAUGUUUCGUUUAUAUUUUUGUUCAGUGUAAUUGAGUUAAACUCACCAGAACAAUCCGUGGUUACACAAUGGAGUACAAUGUGAGUGACUCCUGAGUGGCGCAGUGGUCUAAGGCACUGCAUCGCAGUGCUAACUGUGCCACUAGAGAUCCUGGUUCGAACCCAGGCUCUGUCGCAGCAGGCCGCGACCGGGAGACUCAUGGGCGGCGCACAAUUGGCCCAGCGUCGUCCAGGGUAGGGGAGGGAAUGGCCGGCAGGGAUGUAGCUCAGCUGAUAGAGCAUGGCGUUUGCAACGCCAGGGUUGUGGGUUCGAUUCCCAGGGGGGGCCAGUAUAAAAAAAAUAAAAAAAUUAUUCACUAACUGUAAGUCGCUCUGGAUAAGAGCGUCUGCUAAAUGACUAAAAUGUAAAAUGUAAAUUAGGGACAGAUCGAAAAUAAUUUCACAUGACCCUCCCUUGUACUGUAAAAUAAAUUGAACCCCCCCCCCCCCCAUAGAAUUAACUGAAAAUAAUGUUUACGACCACAAAUAACAAUAACUGUAGCGACCCUGUGUUUAUAAACUUGGAUAUUGAUUUUGCCAUAACAGCAUGCUGAAGUGGCACAGUCGAUGCCACGCAGGGCUACGGGCCAGAAGGUUGAGAGUUCACCGACCACCACGGACAAGCACACUCUCCCUACCUGUUUCAUUACACUACAUUUAGAGCCAGCUGCAGACAAUGAUCAGCUAGGGGGAAAUCAGAUUUUCAAUAUUUUGAUGCCAUAUUUAUAAUUAUAUAAAACAUAUGCAACAAAUUUUCCACCAACAGGUUUCUGUGGCAAUGCACCACACAACCAAUAAACAAAGCAUACCGACUUCGGGCACUUCAAUAUCAUGGUUUGCAUUUUCAACCCCACAAUAAAUAGACUAUGUCAAUCUCGACAAACAGAAAAUACAUCCCUCCCUAACUUGUAGGCUUACCCAGUAUAGAAGGCUUGGCUUGACAAUCUCUGAAUGUCAUUCAACUUUUUGGUGUUUUGUAACAGAUGUCUCUUUCCAUUCAUCAAUUGGCCGCUGCACAGUUUGGAUUGAUUGAUUGAUUUAAUUUGUCAGUAAAAAAAAUACAUACACCAUCGGUCAAAAGUUUUAGAACACCUACUUAUUCAAGGGUUUUUCUUUAUUUUUACAUUAUAGAAUAAUAGUGAAGACAUCAAAACUAUGAAAUAACACAUAUGGAAUCAUGUAGUAACCAAAAAAGUGUUAAACAAAUCAAAAUAUAUUUUAUAUUUGAGAUUCUUCAAAUAGCCACCUUUUGCCUUGAUGACAGCUUUGCACACACGAUAGCCUAUUAUUAAAAAAAAAGGUGUGGCUACUUUCCUAAAACAAUAAUUAUCCUCCUCACGGUUCAGCUGUCAGAGAUUCGAGCACUAAAUGUAUCAAGGCACUGCAUGCAUAGGCCUAUAAGCUUAGGUGUCCACUGUAUGAUAUUAAUAUUUUAAUAAAUAUAUACAGUGAGGGAAAAAAAGUAUUUGAUCCCCUGCUGAUUUUGUACGUUUGCCCACUGACAAAGAAAUGAUCAGUCUAUAAUUUGAAUGGUAGGUUUAUUUGAACAGUGAGAGACAGAAUAACAACAAACAAAUCCAGAAAAACGCAUGUCAAAAAUGUUAUUAAUUGAUUUGCAUUUUAAUGAGGGAAAUAAGUAUUUGACCCCCUCUUAAUCAGAAAGAAUUCUGGCUCCCAGGUGUUUUUUAUACAGGUAACGAGCUGAGAUUAGGAGCACACUCUUAAAGGGAGUGCUCCUAAUCUCAGCUUGUUACCUGUAUAAAAGAACCUGUCCACAGAAGCAAUCAAUCAAUCAGAUUCCAAACUCUCCACCAUGGCCAAGACCAAAGAGCUCUCCAAGGAUGUCAGGGACAAGAUUGUAGACCUACACAAGGCUGGAAUGGGCUACAAGACCAUCGCCAAGCAGCUUGGUGAGAAGGUGACAACAGUUGGUGCGAUUAUUCGCAAAUGGAAGAAACACAAAAUAACUGUCAAUCUCCCUCGGCCUGGGGCUCCAUGCAAGAUCUCCCCUCGUGGAGUUGCAAUGAUCAUGAAAACAGUGAGGAAUCAGCCCAGAACUACACGGGAGGAUCUUGUCAAUGAUCUCAAGGCAGCUGGGACCAUAGUCACCAAGAAAACAACUGGUAACACACUACGCCGUGAAGGACUGAAAUCCUGCAACGCCCGCAAGGUCCCCCUGCUCAAGAAAGCACAUAUACAGGGCCGUCUGAAGUUUGCCAAUGAACAUCUGAAUGAUUCAGAGGAGAACUGGGUGAAAGUGUUGUGGUCAGAUGAGACCAAAAUCGAGCUCUUUGGCAUCAACUCAACUCACCAUGUUUGGAGGAGGAGGAAUGCUGCCUAUGACCCCAAGAACACCAUCCCCACCGUCAAACAUGGAGGUGGAAACAUUAUGCUUUGGGGGGGGGGGGGGGGGGGGGGUUCUGCUAAGGGGACAGGACAACUUCUCCACAUCAAAGGGAUGAUGGACGGGGCCAUGUACCGUCAAAUCUUGGGUGAGAACCUCCUUCCCUCAGCCAGGGCAUUGAAAAUGGGUCGUGGAUGGGUAUUCCAGCAUGACAAUGACCCAAAACACACGGCCAAGGCAACAAAGGAGUGGCUCAAGAAGAAGCACAUUAAGGUCCUGGAGUGGCCUAGCCAGUCUCCAGACCUUAAUCCCAUAGAAAAUCUGUGGAGGGAGCUGAAGGUUCGAGUUGCCAAACGUCAGGCUCGAAACCAUAAUGACUUGGAGAAGAUCUGCAAAGAGGAGUGGGACAAAAUCCCUCCUGAGAUGUGUGCCAACCUGGUGACCAACUACAAGAAACGUCUGACCUCUGUGAUUGCCAACAAGGGUUUUGCCACCAAGUACUAAGUCAUGUUUUGCAGAGGGGUCAAAUACUUAUUUCCCUCAUUAAAAUGCAAAUAAAUUAAUAACAUUUUUGACAUGCGUUUUUCAGGAAUAUUUUUUUUUUUUUUUUUUUUUUUUUUUUUCUGUCUUUCACUGUUCAAAUAAACCUACCAUUAAAAUUAUAGACUGAUCAUGUCUUUGUCAGUGGGCAAACGUACAAAAUCAGCAGGGGAUCAAAUACUUUUUUCCCUCACUGUAUAUACAGUAUAGCCUAUAUAAAGGAAGAGAAGCUUAGGCCUAACCCCAGAGAUAUAUAGAUAUGCCGGUGGGAAUAUUUUGUAUAAAGAUAAGCAUUAUAUUGUUAGAUUAUAGGAGUAACUCUGGUAGGCCUGAAACAGUCUUCCUCACCUCAAGUUCAACUGUCGGAGUCAGUUGGAGAACCGGGGCCUUUACAUCAUAGGCCUGCAGUAGCUAAAGCUUACUAAUAGCCACACCAUACCAAACCUUCACAAACGUUUCUAAACUUUAUUCGGAUAAUAUCAAAAGUAAUUCAAGACAUUGUUUAUAGAGAAAAUACGAGCAGAAGAUUGAAUGUAAACCAGGGGAAAACCGCACUACCCUCCCCUGUGCUCAAUAAAAACACACACAACCCUCCCCAAAGCAAAAAAAAUAGUUUGACAACCCUCCCCUAUUUUGGUUCUUUGAUGGUUACCACAGGUUCAAACUAGUGGCCUACCUACCUCAAGCUUAAUUAAAACCUAGUUUCUAUUGGUCGAGGUCUUUGGGUUUAAUUUUGCAUCAACAUUUUGUCUGUGUCUCAAAUGGCACCUAUUCCCAAUAUAGUGACUCGGUUAAAAAGUAGUGGGGAAUAGGGUGCAAUUUGGGACACCGCCUUUGUUCUACUGGUCUGUGCAUACAGUACAGACUGUUUGAUAUAUUACUCUCUAUGGAUUGUGUUACAUAAGCCCAGUCUUUGGGUGACCCAGCUGAUUGGUAUUUGGUGGCCCACUUCUGGGACCGGACUGCUGGUAUAGAUCAGUCCGAGUUCAGAACCAAUGGAAACUCCAAUGGAAAUGUACUGAAAGUACAGCCUUUGGGCAUUCACCUAAAUAGGUUUUAGUUAUUCUUUACAUACAGUAUAUAUAAAUAUACAGUGCAUUCGGAAAUGAUUCAGACCCCUUCCUUUUUUCCACAUUUUGCCUUAUUCUAAAAUUGAUAAAAGAAACGAUUUUCCUCAUAUAUCUACACACAAUACCCCAUAAUGACAAAGCGAAAACAUUUUUUUUUUUUUUUGCGAAUUGAUUUUUAAAACAAUUAAAAAAUACCUUAUUUACGUAAGUAUUCAGACCCUUUGCUAUGAGACUCGAAAUUGAGCUCAGAUGCAUCCUGUUUCCAUUGAUCAUCCUUGAGAUGUUUCUACAAUUUGAUUGGAGUCCACCUGUGGUAAAUUCAGUUGAUUGGACAUGAUUUUGAAAGUCACACACCUGUCUAUAUAAGGUCACACAGUUGACAGUGCAUGUCAGAGCUAAAACCAAGUCAUGAGGUCAAAGGAAUUGUCCGUAGAGCUCCGAGACAGGAUUGUGUUAAGGCACAGAUCUGGGGAAGGGUACCAAAAAAUGUCUGCAGCAUUGAAGGUCCCUAAGAACACAGUGGCCUACAUCAUUCUUAAAUGGAAGAAGUUUGGAACCACCAAGACUCUUCCUAGAGCUGGCCGCCUGGCCAAACUGAGCAAUGGUGGGAGAAGGGCCUUGGUCAGGGAGGUGACCAAGAACCCAAUAGCCACUCUGUCAGAGCUCUAGAGUUCCUCUGUGGAGAUGGGAGAACUUUCCAGAAGGACAACCAUCUCUGCAGCACUCCACCAAUCAGGCCUUUAUGGUAGAGUGGCCAGAUGGAAGCCACUCCUCAGUAAAAGGCACAUGACAGCCUGCUUGGAUUUUGCCAAAAAGCACCUAAAUGACUCUCAGACCAUGAGAAACAAGAUUCUCUGCGCUGAUGAAACCAAGAUUGAACUCUUUGGCCUGAAUGCCAAGCGUCACGUCUGAAGGAAACUUGGCACCAUCCCUACGGUGAAGCAUGGUGGUGGCAGUAUCAUGCUAUGGGGAUGUUUUUCAGCGGCAGGGACUGGGAGACUAGUCAGGAUCGAGGGAAAGAUAAACGGAGCAAAGUACAGAGAGAUCCUUGAUGAAAACCUCCUCCAGAGCGCUCAGGACCUCAGACUGGGGCGAAGGUUCACCUUCCAACAGGACAACGACCCUAAGCACACAGCCAAGACAACACAGGAGUGGCUUUGGGACAAGUAUCUGAAUGUCCUUGAUUGGCCCAGCCAGAGCCCGGACUUGAACCCAAUCGAACAUCUCUGGGGAGACUUGAAAAUAGCUGUGCAGCGACGCUCCCCAUCCAACCUGACAGAGCUUGAGAGGAUCUGCAGAGAAGAAUGGGAGAAACUCCCCAAAUACAGGUGUGCCAAGCUUGUAGCAUCAUACCCAAGAAAACUUGAAGCUGUAAUCGCUGCCAAAGGUGCUUCAACAAAGUACUGAGGAAAGGGUCUGAAUACUUAUGUAAAUGUGAUAUUUCCGGGUUUUUUUAAAAAUACAUUUGCACACAAAAAACUAAAAACGUAUGUUGCUUUGACAUUAUGGGGUAUUGUGUGUAGAUUGAUGGGGGGGGGGGUAACGUAACAAAAUGUGGAAAAAGUCAAAGGGUCUGAAUACUUUCCGAAUGCACUGUAUACUACAGAAGGGACAUUUCCUGAAGAAAAUGUGUGUGUUUGCUUCAGCUUGAAUAGUUAAGCAUCAUAUCUACUUUAAAUAUAUACACAAUUAAGAAUAUAACCAUGUGUCCUUACCUUGGACCUGCUUCAAAUAGAGCUUGAUCAUUUAUUAUUUCCGAAACCUCACAAUCUGUUUCUUGUCUCUUCAGAGGACCUUUCGAUCAGCAUAUCAGUGUCUAACUCACAGAUCACAGAGAAUGUGGUAAGUGUAUAUCCAAUACAGCAUAUUAGAUAUGUAUAGCUACAGCUCCACUGGCAUUCCUGAUAACUCAGGAAUUUAGGAAUAUUGAAAAAUGUCUGCAUAAUGUUAGAUGGAUUGUCUUUUUAGUAAAAUAUGUAUUUUCUCUUUUUUUAGGAUAUCAGUUCAGUCUACCAGAUCUUUGCUGAUGAGGUCCUGGGGUCGGGUCAGUUUGGGAUUGUGUAUGGAGGUAAGUCAAACUGACUCUACAGUAGUUCCAUUGGUUUUAUGCACAUUGUGAAGUGGAGAGGAAAUUCAGCAACUGAUAAGAGCUUAUUUUUCGCUUUUAACAAUAACAAAGCUAUUUGAUCAACUUCCACUGUCUUCCAAGAGUUGUUGAAUUUCCUCUUCACUUCUGUUUGCUCCUCAAUUCAUACACCUUGGUUGGAGAGCGCGGUAGCAGCAGAGUUCCUUUCCCUUUGGCUUCAUGUACAUCCAUCCAUGCUUUCUUCUCUUUAUAGUGGCUUUAAUUCACAGGGAGGGGAAGACUACUAGCUUGUUUUUCUUUCUAUGCUAUGCAAAUAAACAUUUAUUAGUGGGAUUUCUCACUGUUGGUCUAUUCUAUAGUUGGAGACAGAGGAAGUAAUAGACACAGUUCAUUUAAAACAGUUUAUCUUUUUAAUUCUCAUGUUUAGGUAAACACAGAAAGACUGGGAGAGACGUGGCCAUCAAAAUCAUCGACAAGUUGAGGUUCCCUACCAAGCAGGAGAGCCAGCUGAGGAACGAGGUGGCCAUUCUCCAGGUAGACAAAGGACUGAGAAGCCUGGCUUUUUUUCUAGCCAUUCUAGACCCCGAUAGCCUGGGAAUCCGAACUGGUUAGCUACGUUUCACUAUUGUUUCACUUCACAACAUUAGUAAAAUGUAGAGAUUCAGUUUGGAGUCCCGGGCUAGAUCCUUGAAAUGCUGUGUGUUUUCAGAUUUCAAAGUGCGUCUGUGGACCCUGGUAUAUACAUAUCAUAUCACCAUAUGUGGAGUGUGGUGUUAGUUGAUAAAAACAAACCAUCUAAUAUGUGUGCAGCUCUGCAGAGUUGAGGUCAUCUGUCACCAAGCCCAUAGUGAACACGUUUCUGUAUAUCUAAGGUCUCCUUCUCUCUAAUUGCACAUCAGGGAUAAAUAUUACAUUUUCAAUUGAAUUGAAUUAAAUCCCUGCCUAUCAGAACCUUCACCAUCCUGGGAUCGUCAACCUGGAGUGCAUGUUCGAGACUCCCGAGAGGGUCUUUGUUGUCAUGGAGAAGCUCCAUGGCGACAUGCUGGAGAUGAUCUUGUCCAGUGAGAAGAGCAAGCUCCCUGAGCGUCUCACCAAGUUCCUAGUCACGCAGGUCAGUUACAGAAAAAUAUAAUUUAUACUAAUGACCCACACGGUAACACUUUACAUAAAGUGUUUUUAUUACUGUGUAAUUGUUCCUGUACCCUAGAGAUAAUUACACCAUACUGGAAAGCCACUGUAAUGACAAGUACCAUCGCUCAACCAAUAGUAAGUCUCCCCAUGUGCUUCCUGACCCACAGAUCCUGGUGGCUUUGAGGCAUCUCCAUUUUAAGAACAUCGUCCACUGUGACCUGAAGCCUGAGAAUGUGCUGCUGGCUUCCGCAGAGCCCUUCCCUCAGGUGAGUGCAUGAGCUGUCCACCACAACAAGCAAAAUGGGCUACUGGGCUCAGUGUGCUAUUGGUUUAUUUAACCAGAUUGUUAUUGUAAAUGAGAAUUGAUCAAUUACUUAUAAUUACUUUGCUUACUAAAGCUUUAAAAAUGGAACUUACCUAUAAGGAAUGACAGCUCAAGGAUGAACUUGGUUCCUAUGUGUGUUCCUAUAGGUGAAGCUUUGUGACUUUGGCUUUGCUCGCAUUAUUGGCGAGAAGUCGUUCAGGCGCUCUGUGGUGGGCACACCCGCCUACCUGGCGCCCGAGGUCCUACGAAGUAAAGGCUACAACCGUUCCCUGGACAUGUGGUCGGUGGGUGUGAUCGUUUACGUCAGCCUUAGCGGAACCUUCCCCUUCAACGAGGACGAAGACAUCAACGACCAGAUCCAGAACGCUGCCUUCAUGUACCCUCCCAACCCCUGGAAGGAGAUCUCUGGAGAGGGUAAGAGCGAGUGGGUGUGUGCAUCCCAAAUGGAACUGUAUUCCCUUUAUAGUGCACUAGAUAGCGAAUACGGUGCCAUUGGGGAUGCACUGUUUUUUUCGGAAACAAAACAAAUUAAAACAUCUUCUUCUUUUCAACACGUCCAAUUUUGCUAUUAUGGAUCAUUUCUUUUGAGAGCCAUCUAUAGCACUCUUGCUUUAUAAGUAGAUUCUAGACAAUAGCCAUGCACUGGCGCUUUUUAGUCACCAACCCCUAUAAUCACCAUGAAAUUGGCCAUUUCACAUUACAGGAUAAAUACGCUGUUGACUCACUCAGUGUACUUACAGUGUGAUCUCUGGGGUUACUGCCGGUCAAAACUAGACUGUGGCUUGAUCCCAAAUGGCACCCUACAGGGGCCAUAGGGCUCUGGUCAAAAGUAGUGCACUAUAAAGGGAAAAGGGUGCCAUUUGGGAAGCUGCCUGUAUUCCUAGUGGGUUGACCAGUAGACCGCCUAAGUUUCUGUUUCCCAGGGUCGCUGUGGUUGUAGUGGGUGGUCUUCACCUCUCAUGGUGUGGUCUUUUUCAGUCUCUCCCCAUAGAAAAAUUAGCCCAACUCUUUGGAAGUGUCUUUGGAACUUUCUUUGGAACUUUGAGACUGAUAAUAGCAUAAUAUUUGUGUAGUCCUAAUUGACUCAACCUAGAGGUAGCCAUGUACACUAUAUAUACAAAAGUAUGUGGACACCCCUUCAAAUGAGUGGAUUCAGCUAUUUCAGCCACACCCAUUGCUGACAGGUGUAUAAAAUCGAGCACAAAGCCAUGCAAUCUCCAUAGACAAACAUUGGCAGUAGAAUGGCUUUACUGAAGAGCUCAGUGACUUCAACGUGGCACUGUCAUAGGAUGCCACCUUUCCAACAAGUCAGUUUGUCAAAUUUCUGCCCUGCUAGAGCUGCCCCGGUCAACUGUAAGUGCUGUUAUUGUGAAGUGGAAAAAUCGAGGAGCAACAACGGCUCAGCCACAAAGUGGUAGGCCACACAAACUCACAGAACGGGACCGCCGAGUGCUGAAGCGCCGAGUGCGUAAAAAUCCUCUGUCCUCGGUUGCAACACUCACUACCGAGUUCCAAAUUGCCUCUGGACGCAACGUCAGCACAAUAACUGUUAGUCGGGAGCUUAAUGAAAUGGGUUUCCAUGGCACACAAGCCUCACCAUGCGCAAUGCCAAGCGUCGGCUGGAGUAGUGUAAAGCUCGCAGCAAUUGGACUUUGGAGCAGUGGAAAUGUGUUCCCUGGAGUGAUGAAUCACGCUUCAGCAUCUGGCAGUCCGACGGACAAAUCUGGGUUUGGCGGAUGCCAGGAGAACGUUACCUGCCCCAAUGCAUGGUGCUAACUGUAAAGUUUGGUGGAGGAGGAAUAAUGGUUUGGGCUAGGCCCCUUAGUUCCAGUGAAGGGAAAUCUUAACCUAGAAUGACAUUCUAGGCGAUUCUGUGCUUCCAACUUUGUGGCAACAGUUUGGGGAAGGCCCUUUCCUGUUUCAGCAUGACAAUGCUCCCGUGCACAAAGCGAGGUCCAUACAGAAAUGGUUUGUCGAGAUCGGUGUGGAACAACUUGACUGGCCUGCACAGAGCCCUGACCUCAACCCCAUCAAACACCUUUGGGAUGAAUUGGAACGCCAACUGCUAGCCAGGCCUAAUCGCCCAACAUCAGUGCCCAACCUCACUAAUGCUCUUGUGACUGAAUGGAAGCAAGUUCCCGCAGCAAUGUUCCAACAUCUAGUGGAAAGCCUUCCCAGAAGAGUGGAGGCUGUUAUAGCAGCAAAGGGGGAACCAACUCCAUAUUAAUGCCCAUGAUUUUGGAAUGACAUUUUCAACGAGCAGGUGUCCAUAUACUGUUGGUCAUGUAGUGUUUUUGAUACAAGUCUGGAGUGGCCUGACUGGAGGGAGAUUGUGCUGGAUGGAAAUGUAGAUCUCACUUGUUUCUCAUGUUGAUGUUGUGCAUGUUUGUCCAUCCACACUCACAGCCACAGACCUGAUCAACAACCUCCUCCAGGUGAAGAUGAGGAAGCGCUACAGUGUGGACAAGUCUCUCAGUCACCCCUGGCUCCAGGUAACACACCUGGACAUUGACUAGGAGGAGCUACCUUCAGUCACACCACGUUCAUCACAUCAUUAAAUGCAACACAUCUCUAUGGUGUUCACAGUUCACUCUGUUAUGAAAAUAGGACUUACUCCAUCUAAGGAUCUAUGAAGAGCUACUUCUCCUAGGCUUCUUCUUGCAGUUUGCUAAUGACAAUACACUUAACCUAUACACUUCCCUUCCCUCCUCCAGGAUUAUCAGACGUGGCUGGACCUCCGAGAGUUUGAGACACGCAGAGGAGAGCGCUACAUCACCCACGAGAGCGACGACACCCGCUGGGAGGAGUUUGCGGACGAGAGAAGCCUGCACUACCCCAAGCACUUCAUCAUGGCUCCCAAUCUGGACGACAUGGAGGAGGACCCCUAG